CAUUUAAUAACACUUACCUGCACGUGAAAUUAUAAAAUUAUUAAGGAAAAUACUUGAAUUACAUUUUAAGUAGAGAGUAAUUUAGUACAUCUUCUUUGAAAUCCGUAAACUUUUAGAUUCUUUUAAAACGUUACAAAUUAUACUUGGGACAACGGGCCUAUUGUAUGGCACGAACCUUUCUAUUUAUAGCCAAAAAGGGUAGAUGUUUAAUUGCUUACUUACGACCGGUUUCUACUAACCAACUAACCUCCGUUAUUCGUUAGUUUUAAAUUGUAUCUGGGCAAGUACGGACGUACAAUUUCAAGAGUUAUGGAGAAUUUGUGUUUUAUAUGUAAAAAGUCAGAUUCGGAAGGUGAAUCAUUAGUGAAUGUAGUGCGUGGUAUAAAAACUCUCAGAACUGCAAGUAUCAAACGAAAUGACGGUCUUAUUGAUUAUUUAAAAACAGUUACCUCUGUACAAGUACAUGAAAAGUGCCGAACUGUUUAUAUUAGCAAAAAUUGUAUACUAGUAGCAAAACGACGAGUAGAACAAGACGAAGCUACAGCUUCUCCAAUUGUACCGCAUAAAAGACGAAGUGAAGUGUUUGAUUUUAAAAAGCAGUGUUUAUUUUGUGGUGAAGUAGCUGACAAGGCCGCAGAGACAAAGAAAAAAGAAAAGUAUAGACGUAAGAUUAGUACAGUGAGUACUCUUGAGUUUAAAGACAAUGUUAUAAAAAAAGUAGAAGAACGUGGUGAUACUUUUGGAGAAUUGGUGAAAAAUCGUAUACUUUUUCAACAUGAUUUGAUUGCUGCUGAAGCAAAAUACCAUGCAAUUUGUUAUACGAAUUUCUUCACUAAUAAAAUAUCAUCGUCUCAUUCAAAUCUUCGUCAAGAUAAUCAAGUUACAGAAGCUAUGAUAGAGAUUUUCAAUUACAUAGAAAAUAAUAACGAUUCCCAAUUUACACUAAAAGAGCUUAAAGAUGUCUUGACAGGGUAUGUACCAGAUGAUAAAACUAUAAUUUCAAGGCUCCAACAAAAGUACUUAACCAAUAUAAUAAUUACGAAAAAAGUAGGAGCUUUUACGAUUAUCUCUUUUCGUGACGCACACAUUUUAUCAAAAGCUUGGUAUGAAAAUAAAAACUUAAAUCCUCAAGAAGAAAGGCUAAGAAUUGUAGAAGCUGCAGCAGCUAUAAUUAGAGAAGAUAUUCGAUCAUCCAUUGUUGAAACUAAAUCUUAUCCGCCUCCCAGUAAAAUGUUGGAUGAUGUUAACCAAGAAAUUCCAAAAACUUUAUUGCAUUUCUUAGAAGAAGUCAUCCUAAAAAACAGGAAAGGAAAGUUCGCGAUGUGGAUGCAGGAAAGCAGGGUUGCAGUGCUCUUUAGCUUGCGGCCAGUGUAAUGGGCAAGCUUGUCUUAAUGCUUCACCAUAUGAAAGUGAUUUCAAUGAAGACGGUACUUUUGAUCCCGAAAUCUUGAAAGAACUGGAGACAAAUGUCGUUGAAGACGAGAACGCAGAGGAAUUUGAAAUAUUACAGCCAUUGGAAGACGAUGAUGAUGAA